AUGUCUCAACAAUCCAACUCUUCUCCUUCCAAGAACAUGCCUUGUUCUCCUAGCGCUGAACCAAGCAACCCUAACAGAGAAGAUCCUGUUACUGACUCUAUGAAUACCCCACAUGCAAGAAGACCUAAAGAAACUGUAUCAGGCUUCUCCUCAUCCAUCGUUCUUGAGGGACGAACCAAAGAAGGUUCCAGGUAUGUUCACAAUGCCAUUGCCACUAUAGUGACUGGAAUACUGUCUGGAAAUCAUGAGGUCCCUGGGGUUUCCAUUCCCUUAAACACUAUUGGACCUGAUAGUGUUGCUGAUCAAGAAAACACUGAGUCUUUAGGAAAGAAUAUCUCUAAUGAUGUUGAGCAAACUGAUGCCCAUAAGGAGUCAAAUGUUGACAAACCCUUAGAUAAUGUGGCUGGUGAGGAAGUUCAUGUCACUCAUGAUGUUAGUGACAACCCUAACUGUGAGGCUGAAACAGUAGACCUGGAGGAAUUUUCUGAUAAUGAGUUGUUGUCCUCUGUCCUCCCUAGCAUAGCCAAAAGGGUUAGGACUAGGAGAGAAAAGAAAACCGUGGCUCAAAGGUCCCCCAGAAAGAAGAUUGACGUUCCAACCUCUUCCAAGACAACGAUGGCAAUCGAGAGUUCCCUCAAGAGGAAAGUUCAUGGUUCAACCAAAUCUUGGAGCAAAGUGGUGCCCAAGAAAAAGCAGACCAAGUGGAAAUAUGUUUAUCAGAAGAGGCUGGCUUUGGAAAGGGAAUUAGCUCAGAAUGUCCUAGACUGUAAGGAUAUUAUGGAUCUUAUUCAAGAGGCUGGUUUAAUGAAGACUGUGACUCAGUUUUCAAAGUGCUAUGAGAUGUUGGUAAAGGAAUUUAUUGUUAAUUUGUCUAAAGAAUGUGCUGAUGGCAAGUCUAAGGAAUUUAGGAAAGUGUAUGUGAGAGGAAAGUGUGUAAAUUUCUCUCCUUCAGUGAUCAACAAGUAUUUGGGAAGGCCUGAUGAAGCUUAA